ACCCUAGAAUCCCCAUCCCAGAGGUAAGUGGUUGUUUCUGCAAUGGGACGUGUGAUCCGUGCGCAGCGUAAGGGUGCGGGUUCAGUAUUCAAGUCCCACACCCACCACCGCAAGGGCCCUGCUAGGUUCCGCAGCCUUGACUUCGGCGAACGAAAUGGUUACCUGAAGGGUGUUGUCACCGACGUCAUUCACGACCCCGGUCGCGGUGCCCCUCUCGCCAAGGUCACUUUCCGCCACCCAUUCAGGUACAAGAAGCAGAAUGAACUCUUCGUUGCCGCUGAGGGCAUGUACACUGGCCAGUUCGUCUACUGUGGCAAAAAAGCCACCCUCAUCGUUGGUAACGUCUUGCCCCUCCGAUCCAUCCCCGAAGGUGCUGUCAUCUGCAACGUUGAACACCACGUUGGUGACCGCGGCGUCUUCGCCAGGGCCUCCGGCGACUACGCCAUCGUUAUCAGCCACAACCCUGAUAACGACACCAGUAGGAUUAAGCUUCCAUCUGGUGCAAAGAAGAUCGUUCCAAGUGAUUGUAGGGCUAUGAUUGGGCAAGUUGCGGGUGGUGGGAGAACUGAGAAGCCUCUUCUUAAGGCUGGAAGUGCUUACCACAAGUUCAGGGUGAAGAGGAAUUGCUGGCCUAAGGUGCGUGGUGUUGCCAUGAACCCUGUUGAGCAUCCUCAUGGAGGAGGUAACCACCAGCAUAUUGGACAUGCUAGUACUGUCCGGCGCGAUGCUCCUCCUGGCCAGAAGGUUGGUCUUAUUGCUGCUAGGAGGACGGGUCGUCUUAGAGGUCAAGCUGCUGCAACUGCUGCUAAAGCUGACAAGGGUGCUUGAAGAUAACGUUAUUAGGAUUGUUAUAUUUGAUUGCAUGUUUUCCAGUUUUGUUUCUUGGAUAGUUUGUCUGUUAAACUGCUGGGGCGCGAUUUGAGAACUUUUUUCCCCCAAAAAAAUAUGGAGCUUUCAAUAGACAGGCUUUUUUAUUUAAGUGUUAUAUGGUCAAUCUUGCUUCUUUGCAUGCUUUUUUAUCUGGUUGAAAUGGUUAAAUUGCUUGUUUUGACAACUUGAAUUAUGUCAUACCAUUCAUUGGUUAAAUUCAAUUGAAUGGCUUCUCACAGUGGUAUUCAUUGUCGCAUUUCUU